AUGAUGAACUCUUAUGAAGCACAGCAGCCCCUCCUGCACACUCAUGAUGCAGCGGCAGGGGUUCCCCAGAAAGAGACAGAUAUUCUGGCCAUUUUGGCCGAUGUUGCUUUGCCAGCGAUGGCAGGACGUGAACAGCAAGCAAAGACUGCUGCUGGGUCACUGCAACCUUAUCCUUUCUUUCACUAUAAAGAUCACUCCAGGGAUGUGGAUCCUGAUCCGUUGUAUACUCUCGUUCCUCCAGGUCGUGUUCCUAACUUCCCGGCGAAAAUCCAUGCCAUUCUCAGCCGCCCUGAUCUGCAAGAUGUCAUUACUUGGCUGCCUCAUGGAAGGUCCUGGCAAGUUCUCAAGCCUCGAGAGUUUGAAACCAAGGUUCUGCCCCAGUACUUUGAUCACUCUCGUUACUCCUCCUUUGUCCGUCAGACCAAUGGCUGGGGAUUUCGACGCAUCACGCAAGGCAAAGGACAAAACUCGUACUAUCAUCCUCUCUUCCUACGGGGCCUUGCACAUCUGAGCAAGGGCAUGAAGCGCCAGUGUGGCAAGGGCCAAAAGAAGAAGGUUCCUCUGGAUGCAGACCAGGAGCCAGACCUCUUCAAGAUAUCAGAGCUCUUUCCCGUGCCGGAAAAAGCGGAUCAUGAGUCCAUUAUGCUUUCACGUGCGAUGCAAGGCAACCCCAGCGCAAGAAUGCCUUUCUAUGGUGGCAGUCAUGCCCUGCAACAGCCGGCUGCAGUCGUCUUUAGUCAACCGCAGGUAACCCUCAGUCGUUCCCCCGAACCUUUGAGCCCUCCUGCAACGCCACCACAACAAGGAGUUCCACCUGCACCCUUGACAUCAUUCACGGGUGCGGCCUCCCCGCCAACGACGAGUAUCGCUGUAGCUGUACCACCCCACCAUGCUAACAGUCCUGUUGCUACAGCCAUCCACUUUACCAACGAGCCCCACAAGACCAAUGAACACGUUCAAAAGCCAGCCGUGGUGAAGGCUGCCGAUGCUACUCCACAGCCAAUGACAGUAAUGAUGCCCUUCCCUUUCAUGAACUCCGGCAUGCCCAUGUUCUUCCCUCAAAUGAUGUAUCCUCCUACCAUGAUGGUUCCAGGGCAACAAACAUCGUCUGGCUCCUCUGCCACCCCUGAUGCUUCCGGCUCUUCUCAUUUUGCCGCUGGAUUUGCUGCAGCGGCUGCGAUGAGCCAACAGCACUUUACUAGAAUGUUCCAACAGAACACCAUGGCAGCCGCAAACAAUGCCUAG